AUGGAUGUAGGAGUGACAAAGGAGUACACGCAGUAUCAUACUACGCAUCUGGUUCCACACAUUUUAGAUCCUAUCAAGCCCAUACCACCAUUUGAGGAUGAUAGGAGAUGGCAACAGAGGAGGAGAGGAGGAAAGGGUGGAGGAGAAGGAGAUGGUGAUUGUAGAAGAGGAGGAGAUGGAGUAGGAGGAGAUGGGGGAGAGGGAGGUGGUGGGGGAGGUUUUGGUGGAGCAAGAGGAGGUAGUGGUGGUGGGGGUGGGGGAUUUGGGGGUGGGGGUGGAUUUGGAGGUGGAGGUGGGAUUGUUGGUGUUUUUGAUGGGGUUAUUGAUGUUGUGGAUACUGCUAUUGGGAGUAUCAGUGUUAUUGAUAUAGUUGGUGCUAUUGCUGUUACUGAUGGGAAUAUCAGUAUUGUUGAUGUUGCUACUGGGAUUAUUGUUGAUAUCGUUGGUGCCGCAGAUACUACUGAUGGGAUUAUUGUUGUUGUUGAUGUUGUUGAUGGCUUUGAUGUUACUAAAUGGAUUAUUAGUUUUGUGGGUGUGGUUGGUGCUACUGAUGCUAUUGAUGGGAUUAUCAUUUUUGUUGGUGGAGUUGGUAUUGUUGGCAUCAAAGAUAUAAUCAAGGAUGGUCUUCUUGGGGUAACUCGCUGA